AUGGUGGAAGGCGCACUGCAGCACGCCGACUGGCGGCGGCCGCUGUGGGGCUGCCUGCAGCUAACGGUGAUGGCGCUGGGUUUUGGCUCGAUCUUGCUGAAUGCCGUGCUGCUGACGCGGUACAUGUUUCCUGCAGCAGCUCCUGCUGCUGAGGACUUGACGUACGUGGACGCUGCGCUGCAGCAGAAGGCUGCGCCGCUGCCGGCCGCGCAGCAGCUGGAUGCGGCCCGCAGCAGCAGCAGCAGCGGCAGCAGCGGCAGCAGCAGCAGCAGCAUCGGCGUGGACCCGGAAAGGAUGCACGGGCCCCUCGGGCUGAAGCCCGACGGCACUCCGAACUACGUUCCGGGCCCCCCCCCUCCUCCCGACCUGAACAUGGCGGCGGAGCUGGCGCGGGGCGGCGGCUUCAACUUGCUGCUGAGCGACCACCUGCCGCUGGACCGGCCGGUGCCGGAGUCCCGCGCUGCUGCAUGCGCUGCAGUGCAGUACGACUUGGAAAGUUUGCCAGCAGCGUCUGUCUUGAUAGUUUUUCACAACGAGGCUCUGUCGACUUUGCUGCGUUCGGUGCACAGCGUGCUGAACAGGACGCCGCCGCAGCUGCUGCAGGAGGUGCUGCUGGUGGACGACGGCAGCACAGCAGCAGACGUGGCGGCUGAGGCGCUGGGGGGCAACGGGAAGCUGCAGCAGCACCUGCUGCUGCUGCCGCGGAAGGUGCAGCUGCUGCGGAGUCCGCAGCGGGAGGGCAUCGUGGGCGCGCGGCUGCGGGCGAUCCGCGCCGCGGCUGCUGCGCACUUCGUGGUGCUGGACAGCCACGUGGAGGUGCAGCGGCAGUGGCUGGAGCCGCUGCUGCUGCGGCUGCAGCGCAGCAGCAGCAGCCUCGUGAUGCCGCAGGUCGACGGCAUCGACGCGGAGACCUUCGAGCACGUCACUGGCGGCAUCGGCUGCCAGCUGGGUUUCCUCUGGCAGCUCGUGGAGCACUCCUUCGAGCCGCACCAGCUGCAGCAGCGCCAGCAGCGCCGCCGCCAGCAGCAGCAGCAAACCGCCUCCGCCCCCCCCAACCACCCCCACCCCCACCCCCACCACCAGCAGCAGCAGCAGCAGCAGCAGCAGCAGGAGGAGGAGCUGGAGCUCUACCAGGCGUCGCCGGCAAUGGCGGGCGGGCUGUUCGCGAGCUCGAAAGCCUUCUUCUUCGCAGUCGGCGGCUACGACGAAGGCUUCCGCUUCUGGGGCGCGGAAAACCUGGAGCUGAGCUUCCGCGCCUGGCAGUGCGGCGGACGCGUCGAGUGCGCCGCCUGCAGCCGCGUCUUCCACGUCUUCCGCCGCGGCGGCGCGGGCUACGCGUUUCCCGCUUCGGCGCUGGCGGCGAACAAGCUGCGGACGCUGGCGUGGAUGGACCGUUUUGGGGACUUGGCGUGGCGGGUGCUGGGGCGGCCUGCGGUGGACUACGGCGCUGCUUCGCUGCAGCAGCGCCUGCAGUUCCGCAGCCGCAGCCGCUGCAGGAGUUUCCAGUGGUUUCUCGAGAACGUCUUCCCCGAGUCCGACGUCGUCCACCUCUCCGACGUCCCCUUCCUCGGGAAACUCAAAAACGAAGACACCGGGCUUUGCCUCGAAGCCACCGGGCGGCCCUCGCCGGGCAGCCGGGCAGUGCUGCGGGGCUGCCAGGAAGACCACCAGCUGCAGGAGUUUAUGUACUUCAAAAAAGUCGGACAUGUAAUGCCCGUGCUCAAUGACGAGGCUUGCCUCACGCCCAGCGGCAGCUUGGACUGGUGCAGAGUGAAUGAUCUAAUGUGGUGGGACGUCGAGGACGGAAAGCUGCGGAAUAGAGCUGUAGGGAAAUGCCUGGCGGUGAAGAACGGGCAGCUGGGCUUGGCGGAGUGCGGCAGCGGCGACUCGCACCAGAAGUGGCAGUGGGAUGAGUACAACCCCCCUGAAGUUUUUGAGCUGCCGCCAGUUCCGUCCGCAAAGUCCUAA